GUGAUGGCGACGGGCAUGUUAGAGGAUGAGGGGAAUGUUCAAAGGACGAGGAUGGAGGAGAAUGUGACGGGAAGGUAAUGGAUGAGAAACUGGAAGACAUCGACUUAACGACAACUGCUUAAGUACCUCGAUAUUCAGUAGGCUGUUCAAGGUAUGAAGGAGUUGUGGCGAAUAAAUGACUCAGCCUCCUAGGGACGAGUCAAAAAUCCCCUUGAUGGGACGGAGGUCGAAGCCAUCCGCCUGGCGCGAGAUCCACGCAUACACUCGAUGUGACCGAAUCCUGUUCCUAGUGAAACAUACGCUUCGUUGUCGUGACAAACCAGGGAACGCAGCCACCGACGCUGGAUCCAAUCCAAACUGAACCGCAUACGGGCCGCAGCUAUGCUGAUGAGAAUGGUUUACGCGAGCCGU